AUGGCGGAUCCUGGAGAUGCCCAGGUCGGCGUUCCGUCAGGGGAACCGCGAGCAAGAAGUGUUCCCGUCAAUGAGACACCUGAAGAAUUGGAGAAGAUCCGCUCCCAGCUCAGGGAGUUCAUUAUCAAUGAUUCUUAUGCAGAGUUGGAAGCCUUGUUGGCAUCUAGAAAAGAUCUCCUCGAGACACCGAUGGACUAUGAGCUGACAGAAAAUAAAGAGACAACAACACUUCACGUUACUCCAUUGAUAUUCGCAGUUGGCCGGAAGAGGACGAGGAGUGUAGAGCUUCUCCUCAAAAACGAUGUCAAUGUGAAAGCGGAGAUUCCAACCAAAGGGGGAACAGCUCUGCAUAUCGCUGCUAGAUUUGGUCCUGCAGCGAUUGUCGCUCUCCUUCUUGCCAAAGGAGCAGAUAAAGAUUUACAAGAUAAAAAUCUCUGGGCCCCUCUCCACUUUGCGGCCAAGUAUGGCCAUGUUCAGAUCGCAUCUUAUCUCCUGGAUGCCCAUGCAAACCUCGGUGUUUGCGAUGAUAGUGGAAGCACCCCAUUUUUAAGGGCUGCUAGUUUUGGAUAUUGGAAGGUCAUGGAGGUGCUAUUUGCACGAGGAUCAAAAACUCAACUGGAGGACAGAAAUAAAUUCUCAAAUCCACCAGUCUGGGUGGCGGCUUUGAAUAAUCACUUGGAUACUGUGAAAUGGCUGCUGGAUGUUGGAGCACCCGUUGAUCAACUGGGCGAGUCCGAGAGUACCGCCUUGCACAGGGCGUGUAUGUCUGGUCAUGUUGAUGUCGCCCAGCUGCUCAUCAAGCGCGGAGCAGAUAUGCACAAGAAAAAUCAACAUUCAAAGACUCCUCUGCUACUCUGUUGCUUGAAUUCCCAGUUUGGAACUUAUAAUUUGUUGCAGACGGAGGGUAUAGUGGUACCCUCAGAGAUUGAUCAAGCAGGCAACAACGCUUUUCAUUCGGUCCUUCAAUGCAAAAAGCCAUUUGGAAAUGGACAGGGCGAAAUAAUGAACAAGCUACUUGGUUUGGGGGUAGACAUCAACGAAGCAAAUUUUCUGGGACUCACGCCUCUGAUGCGGUCUUGCAAAGACAGGAAAGUAGAGCAUACAAAGCAUCUACUGGAUCUUCAUGCUGAUAUCAACCACCGGUCGUUAAAGACACAAUCCACUCCUCUCUUAGAGGCCUGCUGUAAUGAUAACGAAGAGCUCAUCGAGCUUCUCCUGCAGCGAGGAGCUGAUACCACGAUGACGAAUCGACAUGGAAUGAACGGCCUAUUGUUUGCGUGUCUCAAUAAAUGGAUCAAGAAUGUGCGAGUUCUUAUCUCUCAUAAUGUGGAUGUCACUGCUCGAGAUAAUGUCCGGAUGUCAGGGUUCCUGAUUGCCGCCCGAGACGGCUCCGCUGAAAUCGCACUCGAGUUGCUCAAAACCCAGGCGUACUUUCCCAUCAAUCCCCUUCAAAAGAUGGCUUUCCGGGAUGAAUUUGAUCAUAUCCGAGAAAAGGUGCUAAAAACUUUGAAUUCGGGCUUUGAUAAGAAUUUGUACGAAUCACAAGAGUCAUUGCAGCCUGUUAUGAACUGGGCUGUUGUCAAUGGAUGCUCGGAUCUGAUCAAUAUGUGCAUUCAGAAGAACCCCAAGGCUCUCCAAUGGAAACGAAGUGGCGCUUCAUGGCUACACGUAGCCACUCAGCACAGUCAACGAAAGAUCAUGGAGGAGUGUCUUGCAAAGAUCGAUGCUUCUUGUGAGGCUAGCGGGGGUAGAUCAGCUCUGCAUAUUGCAGUUUCAAAUGAUGAUAUCGAAACUGCAAAGGUUUUGCUUAAUCUGAUAGCCAGUCAAACACCUGAAAAGCCCUGGCGAGGCAAAGCCAGAGAGAUUGUGAAAUUGAAUCAUGAUGAUGAAUCACCUCUCACUUUCUCUAUCAGCCAAAGAAAGAAAGACCUUGAAUCUUUAUUCUGGUCAGAGUUGAAAUCUUUCGGCAAUAUCGACCAAACAUUCUAUCAAGAUCAUCCUGCUGAGGCUGCUAAGAUUCUCGACGUGUUAGCAGAAUGGGAAAAACCAGGCAAUGAAGUUCUGCUCGGACAUCUUUUACAGCAAUGGUUUCCUCGGCCAGCCAAUCCUGCCUUGGAUGCCACAAAGUGGACGACUCUUCACUGGGCAGUUUAUCAUUCUCAAGCCGUUGUGGUCUGGUGGCUUCUCUCAAAAAGAGGCUAUGUCAGAUGGAAUGUCCUUGAAACCGCUCGGACUAUUGUGCCAAAUACUUCUGUCGGGAACUUGAUCCUGAAUCUUCUACAUCAUCCCCCUCCAGCGCUGGACAAUGUCGCUAAUCCGGCCAGUCAACCUCCUGCUCUUCCCACUGAGCCAACGGAGAGUGAAGAUGCACUCAAGCGGACAGCUUCCAUCGUUGAUGUGUAUUCAGACGGCACGAAGAUUACCAUCCCCCAUGAUACCCCUAGUGUUCGUGACUUGAUCUACAAGCGGGGUCCUGACUCCAUCAUAAUGGCAGCCAGUCAGUUGGAUCAGUGUGAUUUGGAAAACUUCAAGAGAGAAUUCAAGAGGGCUAAAGCAAGUGAGAGAGGGGUAUCCACCCCGACUGGUCUUCAAGUACCAGUAUCCCCAACGAUGGACAACGAUAAUCACGUAAAAGCCUGGUCAGAUCGCACAGCAGGUAAUCUCCAGUUACGUUGGAUCCAUCUGCCAGUCAACGAUCUUCAACUUAGACGAGACCUUGUCACGCGACUAUCCCAUGACUCAAGUCAUCUCGAAAUGGACAAUCAAGCUAUUAUGAGACUGUUUAAUCGAAGCUGGACAGAGUUGGCAGCUGGUGGGCAGAAGCGCUAUAUGAAGCCGCAGUGUCUUCGCGAUAAAAUCAAACUUUCAACUGGUCGUAAAGACUGCAUGGCCAUCUAUAUGCCAUAUAUCAAGUUGGGUGAGUAUGUACAAAAGCUCAACCAAGCCAGUUCAAGCCCAGAUGCCUCUGCUCUUGGCGCAGCCGUCAAUGAUGCUGGAGCGCCGGGUAGUUUUGAAGAAUCGAUCAAUAGUAGGAAUUUGCGACGGAUCAUCCAUCACCCCAUGACUCUGGACCAGUACUACUAUCCGACACUUUCCAAUACCGAUCAGCGAGAUGACGAUCAAGUGCUUUCCAAAUACAUUGAGACUCAACAAACAAAAGAGCUUCAGGGAAAACAGACUACGAAAGAGAGACCACAGACAGAAGCAGAACGAACUGGCAAGAAGAAGAUUCUAACAGUGGAUCAACUUUGGAUAUGGAUCAUUGACGAAAAGACAAUCAUCACAAGCACUACUGAGACUUCUGAUAAAUCCGAUCCUAGCAGUCUAUUCCAGAAUGCUCUCGAUAACAUUCGAUACGGAGAAAGCAAGAGUCGUUUUGAGCGACCCACUACCGUCGAAGCCGUCAUGGAACUAAUCCUAGGCGUCGCAACCGGGUUCUUCAUGCAAAAAUGCGUAAAAGUCACCGAAGGAAUGAGAAAGGCUCCCACAGAAGUGUUCCGCGAGUCAAUUCGAGAAGUGGCCGACGAAGAGAUUCACACAUUCAGAGACUUCCUGAAUGACCUGAGAGCACAAACAGAAAAACGACAAAUCAGCAGAGAAAAGUCGUCAGGUGCAUCUUCUAUCCGAGAAACUCCUCAGAAUCCCUAUCACAUCAUUUCUGAUGAGACGGAGCUACUCGAUAAGAUACGAGACAUUCGUGAUGAGCUUCACAUGCUUCGAUCUCUAGCAGAAGACCAGGAAGUUGUUUGGAAACAAGCAUUUGAGACCAGUGAGCUUCGAAACUGCUUCCAGUAUAAUCAUCCCUGCACGCCUACGGAAGUAAAAAGAAGUUUGGAUGAUAUGAAUUUGGAAGCAGAGACGACCCAUAACUCCAUCAGUACGCUUCUUGACCUGAGACAAAAACAAGCUAGUCUUGUUGAAGCGGAAUUCGGACACUUGCAAGCAAAUGAUACGGCCAGACAAUCAAACAGUGUUUUUGUCUUCACCGUGAUCACCAUUAUUUUUCUUCCGCUCUCAUUCCUAUCAUCCCUGUUUGCGCUGAACAUUACCGAUUUCCCUCAUGAAGGAGGUAUCUUGACAUAUCAAGGAUGCUGGAUUUUCCCGAUUCUCUUUGGAACUACGGCUAUUGUUUCAGUACCGGCUAUCUUCUUUGCUUGGAAGGUAAACUUGAUUCGGGACUGGUUUAGAUCUCAAGCACCGAAGGAACCGACAACAAUCUCAGCAAACGCAGUGCUACCGCCGCUACAAGGUCGGGAUCCAGAAGGCGAGUCUCGAAACCAGUCCUCAGGAACGGAGGGUAGUAUCUUGGAAAAGCUGCCGGAAGCAGGGCUAUAUGAGAAAUUGAGGCGACAUUAUAAGAAGCGGACAGAGGAACUCGUGUGA